AUGGCGAUUAACAUCGAGUCAGAGGAUCCAAACGACAAUAGUAAUGAUAAUAGAGGUCCGAAAUAACAUUUGCUGCGGUGUUAAAACAAAAAGCUAAUCAUUCCCUAGAGUCAAACACAAAAAGAUCAGGUUCAGAAAAUAAUGGAAAUUCACUAAUCACUAGAACAUGGAUUGACUAACCAAAAUCAAUCGGAAGUGAAUAACAAUCAACAGAUCGUCCUCGAGGAUAAUACCAACUCUGAAUUUGUUGGUGUAGCAAGAAGAGUGGUAAACAGAUUGUAUCUCGGUGGAGCUCGGGAGGGCGCGACAUCGGAGUUAGUUACUGAAUAUAUGGAGCGUAAAGGUAUUUCUCCAACUGUUACAGUAUAAGGAUUUUCAAAAGUAAAAGAAAAGGUACUGUGGCCAUUCGCAUUAAUGUUAAUAGUAGGGAUUACGAACGGGUUUUGCAAAAUGAUUUUUGGCCGGAGAAUGUGUACGCACGACCAUGGGUAUCACAGGCCAAACGGCAGGACAAAAAUAAGGAAACUUAGGAUUUCAGACAGUUUUAUCAAGAGCUUCAAUCACACUACGUUAUGAAUGAAAAAAUCCGGAAGGGCAUAGACUCCUUGCUGUUUUCUAUACAAAUGCUAGAAGUAUAGUUAACAAAGUAAACAAGCUGGACUUGGAAAUAGCUAAUGGUUCUUACGAUAUUAUUGUUUUAACCGAGACGCACCUGGACAGUAGCAUCGGUGAUGCAGAGAUAUUUCCUAUAAUUAUACGGUGUUUAGGCGUGACAGAAAUAUAAAUGGACGUCAUGGUGGUGGGGUCCAAAUUGCGGUAUUAAACUCGAUCAAUGUUUAUCCCAGAGAUGAUCUUUACUGUAGCUCAGAGCUGAUGUUUGUUGAGAUUGUAUUUUCGAAUAAUCGGAGAACUACGUUAGGAGUUUUCUAUAGGCCACCGGAUUCAAACACCGAACCACUAAUUGAUCUUAGAACUAAUCUGGACAAACUGUCUACGUCUGACCUUGUGCUUUUAGGGGAUUUUAACCUGCCUGACUUCUCUUGGUCGAACAAUACUGCUUUAAGUAACUCUGAAAAUUAUUCAAUAUUAAUGGAUAUCAUUCAGGACAAUUUUCUAACUCAGUUGGUUAUUGAACCCACGAGGGAACAUAAUGUACUUGAUCUUGUUCUAGCAACUUCAUCUGAUAGCAUAAAAAGCCUAUCAGUCGGUGAAAAGUUUUCAGACCAUAAUAUGAUUACGUUUCUAUUAACUGGGCAACCAUAUGUCCAGCUUAAAUCCAAAAAAUAUGUUUAUUGUUACAAAAAAGCUGAUUGGUUACAACUGAAAUUAACGUUGUCUCAAAUUCCAUGGAACUUAGCAUUUCUUGAAGAGAGUAUUGUUGAGAAUUGGAAUUCAUGGAAAGAUCUGUUUUUUGCAGCAGUAGAUGAAUGCAUCCCGAAAACAAAAGGGAAAAAAAGACAAAACGCGCCGUGGAUUAAUAAAGAGCUAAUAUCUCUAUGUAGGAAGAAGAAGCUACUUUAUAAAAAAGCAAAACGGAGCCAAAAUGAAAGUACCUGGAUUCGUUAUCGUCAAAUGAAUAACAAUUUGAAAAGGAAGUGCAAUGAAGCUCGGUGGAGGUAUAUAACCGAUUUAGCUCAAGAUUUGACAGAUAACGACAAUCCCAAACCAUUUUGGAACUUUGUGAAAUCCAAGUGUAAAGGAACAAAUAAAUUGAUAUCCCUGAAAGUUGGAGAAUCUGUUUUCACUGACGACCAAGGUAUUGCAGAUAGCAUGAACUCGUAUUUUUCUUGUUUUUACAGUUGAAAAUUAUGAUAAUAUCCCAGUGCUUGACUAUAUUGUGGACGAGAGAUUAGAGAACAUCCGUUGUUCUGUUGACGAAGUAGGAAAGCUUCUUCUAAAUCUUAAGGUAGAGAAGUCCCCGGGACCUGACAAUAUCCCUGCACGUAUUCUAAAGGUAUGUGCAACAGAGCUGGCACCUUCAAUCUCACUUUUGCUAAAUAAGUCAUUCUCGAUGGGCAUGCUACCUAUAGAGUGGAAAACUGCCAACAUUACACCGAUUUUUAAAAAAGGUUCGAAGAAUAGUAGAGAAAACUAUCGUCAGAUAUCUCUUACAGGGAUUAUAUGCAAAAUAG